AUGGCUCUCAACGCUGGCUCACGGCUCACGGCUCAUGGCUUGACGUCUCCAUCGCGGCCACAAGAGACAGAAAAGAGCAACAUCCCCGUCCAGCGGACUCGGGGCAAACAUCCCAAUCCGACCGACAGCCAGAGAGGAGCAGCUCCAGCGCAGAAGAGAAGCUCCACCCCCCGUCGCUCGUUGCGUGCAUAUCCCAUGAAGACGACCGGCGACGACGACGACGCCGCCGCCGCCGGCCCAGGAGAAGCCGAAGCGAAGCUUUUUGCAGAGGGCGUUGGAACGAACGUUGAAGGAUUGCGCGCGAAGCAAAGCUCGAGACGAGACGCAAAGACGAGGACAAGGUACCGAGGGCGACAGCGAACCGACGGCGUUGGCGUUGGCGUUGGCGUUGGCGAUGGCGAUGGCGAUGGCGAUGGCGAUGGCGAGCCAAACGACGUCAACGGCGGGCGCUGGCGACUGGGCGCUGCGCUGGAGCUGGGCGAUGCAGCCGUUCACCCGUCGCUGGCGAUGGCUCUUCUGCCCUCUCGUCGCGCUGCCGGGCUGGCUGGCUGGCUGCCCUCGUAUCGCUGCCAACAUCCUGCUCACUCUGGGCUUUUUUUCGCUGUCCUUCGUCUCUCUCGUGUCUCGUCGGAGUAUCUAGUCGCUGAGUGGCGAGCUGAGCAGGUCGAGCGAAGGCCCCCUGUCCUGGCCCUGUUCCUCGGACUGGGGGCUGCGUUGUCGCUGGGAGAUUUGACAGCUCGUAUCGCGAGAUUUGAGAAGAUCGGCUUCUGGUUCUUUUGUUUGUUGAGUUCACUGGUUACUCUCUCGCAGUUCAUGCAGCCAGACGCCACGGCCCAACCUUGGUCGAACCGGCAGCGACGGCUCGUCUCAUACAGGGAGUCCAGCAGCAGUGAUGAUGAUCUUGAGGAUGAUGAUGAUGAUGACGUAUUUAUGUAA